AUGCAGGCUUCCACGAGUACCCCUGAGGCUGGCGGAGGAUACGCGAGGAGAGGCCAUGCAACCCAUCUGUCGAUUAGCGACCCUAGCCACCAUGUGACGGAGGCGAUCGGCCACAUGUACGACGACGACUACGACCGCAAUGAUCCUAGGCGUUUGAGCUAUAUAUCAUCUCCCCAUGCCGAGUCAAUCACCACUAUCCCGCGAGGAGCCGCGGAUUCCGAGCUUUCGCACGCAUCCCAGCAAAACUCACCGAUUGAGAGUCAAAAGCAGACAAAUGGACAUCUUCGCCCACCACUUGCCUCCCAUCGGUCCUUUGAUCGGAACAGCGAUCCCGGUUCGCCUGAGCUAACUCGAUCACCUUCGGAAACCGCGACGGCUUCUUUCCCUUUAAAUGAUGUUGACUACGAAUCCGAUCCCGCCGCAGUCGUCCAGGAACUGAACAACCUUGCUGCCAUUAGACGCAUGUCAAUGGAUGUCGCGGCUGCUGGCGAUCCCGACCUUCCAUCUUUUGGCAGCAAUCUUUCCAUUCCAACCACCCCGCCCUCCCCCUCCACCGAUGAAAACGAUACGUCUCGGUUAUUUUGGGUUCCGGCGAGUCUACAUCCGGAGUUGGCACCGAAGGAGUUCAAGUCAUUUCUUGAAAGCAAGGCCGAUUUAAUUAAAAGGAAAUCGGGCGACUACUCCUCUCUCGGACCUGAGCGCCCUGGGUCACAGAGUAGUCUUCGUCGGAAGCGGUCGAUGUUGUCGAAGCAGAUCGACAAUUCUGCUGGUUAUACAGAUGGCGCAGAGCGACUGGAGCGCCAACGUUCGCAAGCAAGUAGGCGAGAUGGGAUGCUGGGCCCGAAUUUGCAGGAGCUGGAAACCCUGGUUGAUGACUCUCCACAAAAAGAUAAAUUGGUCCGGGAUCUGCAAAAUGCAAGCCUUACUGCCAGCGAGGAUAAGCCCAUUUUACCGCCAGCGCCCCCAGGACAUAGCUUGCGAAGGUCAACUCGGACACAAUACCGCAAAGGGAGCUUGAAAAAGGGCGAGAAACCCCUUUACUCCAAACGAAUAGGCCGGGGUCUCUCAGAAUCUGCCGACUCGGCUCCAGCGAUUGCCCUCCCGCCCGAUGGUAAAAACACCGCUCAAACGACCAGGGCGCAACCUUCCACGUCCCAAACCCCGGGCUCUACGACCAGUUCAACAUUCAACUCGAUUAUUCACAGCCCAGAGACCGAAAACGCAGCCUUAUCAUCUGGCGCGCAAUCGGAUGUAGCUUUCAAUCAAUCAGACGCCGAGGCGCAGGCGAACGCUGCUACUUAUGCCCGGCAAUGGCAGUCACGCACUCAUUCGAACGGCCAAUCCGCGAACAUACCACCCAACGAACCAAUCGCUCCCCCCACUGUCGAAUCAUCAGUCAUCGAACCCAGUCGCUCAUCACCUACCCCACCUUCGCAAUCCAGUCGUUCGUCAGACCGUGAUGUAACAUCCCCAUACUCAUCAAAAUCUACAAAUUCAUCCGUGGAUUCGACCCCAAGCAAAAGAUCAUUAAUGGGACCGAGUCGACAGGGCCGAGAGACGACCCCGACCCUCAACGAUGUUGCCAAUAACCCCCAGAUGAUACCUGGAAACAGCACUCGUACAGAUAGCCUGUCAUUCAUCCCGACUAUUCCCGAAGAGCGCAGAUCUGAAGAUCGUAAGACUGAAGGCAAAAAGUCCAGGAGGGAUGAUGGCAGCCGCAAGUCAAGCUGGCAUUGGCUCUUGGGGAGUGAGGAGAAAGAAAAGAAAAAGGAUAAAGACAGUGACUCGAGAAAGACCAAGUCGAAGAUUGCAGAGAAGGUUCACAGCAGCAAUGCGCGCUCUGAAACAACAUCCCAGUCCUCUUCCUUGGACAGUACCCCCAAAGGCCGAGAGAGUCUCAUUAUCGACCGCCUUGACCCUAAGUUGGAGGAAGAGCGACGGAAGGACAGCGCUCGAAGAGCCUCGGGGGAUAAGAAGGAAAAGGACGGGAUAUUCUCCUCGAUAUUUGGUGGUGGGAGAAAGAAGCAUGGUGGGGAUGGUUCCCAUCACAGAAAAAACUCAUCUCGAAACCUGUCUCCUGAUCCCCCGAUGCGCGAGUUUCGGCCAGAUAUCGACUACCCCUGGACUCGUUUUUCUAUUCUGGAAGAACGAGCAAUCUACCGCAUGGCCCACAUCAAGCUGGCAAAUCCUCGCCGAGCUCUUCACUCUCAAGUGUUGCUGAGUAACUUCAUGUACUCGUAUCUGGAGAAGGUGCAGCAGAUGCAUCCGCAGAUGGGGGCCUCCUCUGGCUCAUCCAGGUCAUCCAGAUCUCGGGAACGAGAAAGAGAGCAACAGCCAGACGAGUACCUUCAAUACCAGCGAUACCAAGAAGCGCAAGAGCAACAACACUACGGGGACUCUGCAUACGAUGAAGCAUCCAUGUAUGAUUACGACGAUGAUCCUCGCGAUCGCUACCAGACCCACGAGCACAGUAAGCACGGCUAUGAGAACGGUCAUGCUUACGGCUCGGACCAUUACCAGUAUGGACACUCGUCCUUUGGCGACGAUGUUCAACUGGAUGACGAUGAUGACGAUGAUAUGUGGUGA